CUGUUGAAGGCCGAACCCGAGUCGCGCUUAGAAAAUGGCAUCGACGUCAAGUUCUCGAUCGACGACCUGGCGGCAAAGACGGAGCCGGAGCCGUGGGACGGAAUCCGCGCAUACGCAGCACGCAACAACCUACGGGCCAUGAAGAAGGGCGACCUGGCCUUCUUCUACCACUCCAACUGCAAGGAGCCGGGCAUCGUCGGGACCAUGGAGAUUGUGCGAGAACACUCCCCAGAUUUGUCCGCCCACGACCCCAAGGCACCCUACUACGAUUCGAGUUCCAAGCCGUCCGACCCAAAGUGGAGCGUCGUGCACGUCAAGUUUCGGAGCAAGUUCGCCGCUCCGAUCGGACUCAAGGAGCUCCGCGAGAUGGGCGCGCCGGGCAAGCCACUCGAGAAUAUGCAGAUGCUCAAGCAGACGCGGCUGAGCGUCAGCAAGGUCACUGCGGCCGAAUGGGAGUAUAUAACGAGGGUAGCCGAGAACAGGGCGUCACAGACAUAG